ACGAUGGAUGCUUUUGGCGAUCCUGAUUGGACGACACAACUAAAUCUGCUAAUUAAAUCUCUGAGCCUGGAUGCUGAUUUGUGCGGGAGAUUGCUCCUCACAGAAAGAAUCCUGGUGAGAUGCGGGGACAGGAUGGCAACUCUACCGGUGGACUGCAGCUGAAUACUAAAAGGACACAUUUGCAGGUGGCGUGUGGUGUGGUGUGAGGAGAUGCCCCUGGUCAAGAGGAGCAUAGAUCCCCGGCACCUCUGCCGCGGGGCGCUGCCCAAGGGGAUUGGCAGUGAGCUGGAGUGCGUCACCAACAACAGUCUGUCUGCCAUCAUACGUCAGCUCAGCAGUCUAAGUAAACAUGCAGAGGACGUCUUUGGAGAGCUGUUUAGUGAGGCUAACACCUUUUACCUGCGUGCAAAUGGUCUCCAAGACCGCAUCGACCACUUGGCUGUCAAGGUCACUCAGCUGGAUUCCACUGUGGAAGAGGGUCAGUUGGGGUCAGGGGAUAAGGUCUCUCUGCAGGACAUCAACAUGAGGAAGGCAUUUAAGAGUUCCACAGUCCAGGACCAGCAGGUGGUGUCCAAUAGCAGCACGUCCAACCCUGUGGCAGAGAUGUACAACACCAGCGACAAGCCUCCUCCUCUCAGCAUCCUCUCUGCCUACAGAGAUGACCACACUGAUGGGAUGAAGUUCUACACAGACCCGUCCUACUUCUUUGACCUGUGGAGAGAGAAGAUGCUGCAGGACACGGAGGACAAGAGGAAGGAGAGAAGAAGACAACGGGAGCAGAAGCGAUGUGUUGACGGCACACUUCAGCGUGAGGUGAAGAAGGUUCGUAAAGCCCGAAACCGCCGUCACGAGUGGAACAUGAUGGCGUUCGACAAAGAGCUCCGCCCAGACCAUCGCCACCCUCACUCUCUCCACCGGGGGGCGUCGUCUGAGGGCUCCCUCUCUCCGGAGAGUAGAUAUGAUCUGCCAGACUACCCAACUGUUCCAGGCCUUCCCCAUGCUACAUCCAACCACACCCUGGCUCACCCUUACCAGCCUGCAGACAUCCAUGAGUCUGUAGAGCAUGAGUACCACAGCAUCGGAGUCGGCUACAGAGACGGGACUCUCAACCGCCCACACCACCCCAACCCUCUGCAUCACUCCACUGAGAGAAUGAAUGGCACUAUAACGCUUCCACCUGCAGACUACAGUAUAAUGGAGUACUAUGCCAGUUCUGGACCAUCACCUCCUCCUCCCCCAGCCCCUCUUAUCCCAUCUGCACAGACAGCAUUUGGCUCUCCAAUGGUGUCCCCCACCCCCCUUACUGGAUACUCAGCAUUGGGGGACAAUAGCCUAUCUCCCCCAGGACCCCGUAUGAUUCCACCUCCCCCAGGUCCUCCACCACCACCAGUCCCUCCCGCUCCCCCCCAAGUGGCAGGACUCGGUGAUUGGAAGCGACAGGACACCCAGCCUGUCACUGGUACUCGAAGUGACCUUCUGUCAGCUAUUCGCAUGGGUAUCCAGCUGAAGAAGGGGCAGGAGCAGCAGGAGCAGCAGGCCAAGCGGGAGCCUGUGGGGAACGACGUGGCCACUAUCCUGUCCCGACGCAUCGCAGUGGACUACAGCGACUCAGAGGACGACUCCGAACUGGAGGACAACGACUGGUCAGACUGACCCUUACACCGGCCCCACACGGUGACCAAAUACCAUGGACACACCUCUGCUCCAGCCCAACUGUCCCACAAAGGAUAUGAUGUGCUACAGAUUCAUUAUGAGAGUCUCAUAUGCAGUAUGCGGUCAGGGACACUGUUUUUACAGACCAAUGACCAUAUUAUGGUUCAUAGUGAUUAGUGGGCAUAGGCUGAGGACCCAGUUUUAUUUUAGUUUUAGCCAUUUUGUCCAGUAGGUGAAUGGACUUAAAAUUAAGGCAAAUUGGUUUCCUGAUUAACUGAGAUUCAGCUGAAAUCACUCAAAGGUAUGUGGACCAAAUAACCAUGUGGUGAAUUCCCCCUUUUUCCUACUGUACCUACAGAGCUGCCUGAGCUCUUUUCCUACUGUACCUACAGAGCUGUCUGAGCUCUUUUCCUACUGUACCUACAGAGCUGUCUGAGCUCUUUUCCUACUGUACCUACAGAGCUGUCUGAGCUCUUUUCUUACUGUACCUACAGAGCUGUCUGAGCUCUUUUCCUACUGUACCUACAGAGCUGUCUAAGCUCUUUUCCUACUGUACCUACAGGGCUGUCUGAGCUCUUUUCCUACUGUACCUACAGAGCUGUCUGAGCUCUUUUCCUACUGUACCUACAGAGCUGUCUGAGCUCUUUUCUUACUGUACCUACAGAGCUGUCUUAGCUCUUUUCCUACUGUACCUACAGAGCUGUCUAAGCUCUUUUCCUACUGUACCUACAGAGCUGUCUGAGCUCUUUUCCUACUGUACCUACAGAGCUGUCUGAGCUCUUUUCUUACUGUACCUACAGAGCUGUCUGAGCUCUUUUCCUACUGUACCUACAGAGCUGUCUAAGCUCUUUUCCUACUGUACCUACAGAGCUGUCUGAGCUCUUUUCCUACUGUACCUACAGAGCUGUCUGAGCUCUUUUCCUACUGUACCUACAGAGCUGUCUGAGCUCUUUUACUCAGACACCAACAUGAUCAUUUAGUCUAAAUAAAUCACCAACACUUUACUCUCAAUGUCACUAAUCAUAAUUGUUUUAUUUUAAUCUGAAUUUGUUAUCUUUUGCUUUUUCCCAUGUCUGUGCCACGUCCUAUGUAAAUGUGUACACUCCUGAUGCAUAAGACAAUUACAGUGUAGGCUCUAAUUGUCUUAUGCCCUUAAAUGUUAACGUCAAUAAAAUUCUAGCAUACUUA